AUGAAACAACAACAAAAACCGCUACGCAUCGUCCUCGACUGGGACGGCACCCUGACCCGGCGCGACACGCUGCACGUGCUGGCCGCCAUCGGGUACAGCACGCGUAAUAAUAAUCGACACCGGAGGAGCCUCACGCCAUGGGACCAGAUCGUCCAGGCCUACAUGUCGGACUACAAGCAGCACCGGGACUCGUAUCGCCCGGCCCGCCCAGAACGCAGAACCGUGGCCCAGGAAAGCGCGUGGCUCGCGAGUUUGAAAGACGUCGAGCUCAGGAGUCUCCAGCGCGUCCAGGACGCCGGGAUCUUUUCGGACGUCACGAAGCAGGACAUCUGGACGGCUGCAGAGGAUGCAGUGCGAGAUAAUGAGGUCGAGCUCCGGGAGGGAUGGAAGGACCUUCUUUCACUGGCGAGCCAUGCCACGAAUGAGACUGCAGAAGUUGCUCGGCCUCCUGUUCCCGUCUCCAUCCUCAGCGUGAACUGGAGCGCUGCCUUCAUCAGGGCAUGUCUAUCAGCAGCGCUGGCAGAUGAUAACUCGCCUCUGAAAGGCACAGUCGACUCCAUCUCGAUUCUUGCUAACCGUCUUGCCUGCGAAGUUGAACGUCCCGGGGACGACGGUCUAGACUUCGUCAGUAUUCGCACUAGCGCCGAUAAACUGGAUGCCCUCGCAAGGCUACGACGAGAUGGCGGGACCGGCGACAUUCUCUACGUUGGCGACUCGUCCACAGAUUUUGACUGCAUUGUCGCUGCCGACGUGGGCGUUUGUAUGCGUGAUGAGCCGAUGGGCAGUGGACAGUCCGAGUUGAAGGAGACCCUGGAGAGAGUGGGAGUCGCGGUGUUGAGGCUUGACUUUGACCGCUGGGCUAAGUAUUCAAAAAGCAUACCUGGUCAAGGAGGAUCAAUGGAGAGCAAUCAGUCCGUCGUCUGGUGGGUGACGCAUCUGCGGGAAGUAGCUAGCUUCGUCGAGAGGUAUAACGCCGUAGAUUAA